UCUCCUGAAGCCUUCGCGUCAGUGUUCAUAAGGAAGUGUCUCCUCUCUCGAGCACCAGAGUGUUUGCGGCUGCCUGCUAGCAGGAGUGGAAAACCGAAGACAUGAGACUCUUUGCUUUACUAACAUGCUUGUUGGUGGGCUGCCUGGCCGAGAAGCCUCACCCAUGCACAAGUCCUGCUCUUCUGAGUGGAGCUCUCACUGUGUCCACACAGAAUGAAAAGCUGUGGACCUAUUCCCAGUACAUGUAUGAUGCACUGGGACAGCGGAUAAGGCUCAAGGAGAUGGGCACUUAUGAGAAUAAGAGCUUCACCUAUGAUGCUCUUCUGCUCUUCAGAGAGGCCACCAUGUUUGAGAUUAACAAUCAUGACCGUACAUGCAAGAAAAAGCCUCUGAAGGUGGACUUCCAGCCUUUGGAAAUCCCAAAAACAGCAUCUCUGCUGGGUCAGGCUGUUAUUGGCAGCUCAUCUGGACCUGGACAAGGACUCCUGGUCAACACCUGGAUAGGUGAUCUGCCCAAAAAAGCAGGAAAGUUCAUGAGCACAGUCACUGAGUUCGGAUGCAUCCCUGUCAGCAAUGUGUACCACACUGACCAGUUUGGAUGGGUGCUGACAAGCUUCUUUAACAACGUCAUUGGGUUGUCGGACCCUAGUCAGCUCAACCCUCCAGACUUCUGCCCAGAUGCAGAGAUGGAGAGCACAGAGGAGCCAACAGACUUCCUCAGCUUGUUCCUUAGUAACCAUUAAGGACCUCCUUUAACUAAUGCCAUUAACCUUCUUUGAGAUUUGAAAUAAAAAUAAGUGGGGCCAUUGAAUCAUAAUCAUUAAAAAAGCAUCUUAGACUAAAAAUUGCAGGAUUUUACAUGAUUUCACAAUUUUUUUUGUUUUGUUUUGUUUUGUUUUGUUCAUAGUAACUACACAGAGCUUGACUCUUCUUCUCAGCUUGUUUUAGCAUCUUUAAUCUUUAGUGUAAUUGUCCUUUUACAGGCUCUGGACUCCAAAUUAAUGCUAAUGUCACUCAGUAGAUAUGUUAGUCAGUCAUUUUUACUACCUUCAACUGUUUUUUAAAAAUCAGUUAAUGCAGCUUUAAAUUGAAUGCCAGUAUACACAGUAAAGGUGGGGAGAAGUAUUCUCUCAGAUGCAAAAUAAACAAGCAUCUGCAGUCAGUUGUCUUUGAUAACAUCAUCAUUAUGAUUGUAUUUACAUUACUGUUACAUACACAGGACAUUAUCUCAUAUUUACAUACUUGCACACUACCAUUUUCUAACAAUAUACUGUGUGACUACAUGCAAUUUUUAUCAAUAAAAAUAUAAGAAUACAAAACA